AUGAUAUCAUCACCUGAUCAAGAGCUAAUAGAUAAUAUUGUAAAAUGGAACGAUUCCAGCAUAGACACAGACGUACUUAUAGAAAACACAAAAGAAAAAUACAAUAUUUCACAGAACAUUUACCACAUAGUAACAAGAGUAGAUGACAAUCAAGUGCCAAAUGUGAAGACGUUGUGUAAUAAUUUUAAUAUAAGUAAUAAUAAUUUAACACAACUCAAUGAAGUAUGUGAAGUUGAAAGUGUAUAUGAUAUAUUUGAAGUGUUUGUAGUUAUAAUACUGUUUGUAUUAAUCGUAGUGACUGUUAUUGGUAAUACAUUGAUAAUUUCAGCAGUGGUUACCACUAAACGCUUGAGGACAGUAACUAACUGUUUUGUGACAAGUUUGGCUGUUGCUGAUUUGCUUGUUGGCAUAUUUGUAAUGCCACCAGCAAUUGCUGUUCAUAUUACUGGUAAAUGGGAGCUCGGCUGGAUACUAUGUGACAUUUGGAUAAGUUUAGACAUCCUACUGUGUACAGCGUCUAUUUUAUCUUUAUGCGCCAUCAGCGUGGACCGAUAUUUGGCAGUUACUAGACCACUGACGUAUUCAAGAAGAAGAAGGUCCAAGAAGUUGGCUUUGACCAUGAUAUUCUUUGUAUGGAUCGCAGCUGGUGCUAUCACGUGUCCUCCCAUGUUUGGAUGGUAUGAACCCGACCAUAACCAAGGAGGUGUAUGCCGCUACAACCAGAACCCCGGUUACGUUGUCUUCUCAGCUAUGGGCUCUUUCUUUCUUCCAAUGGCUGUGAUGGUGUACGUAUAUGCAAGGAUAUCCUGCGUAGUGGCCAGGAGACAUCAACAAUUGGCUAGUACUAGCACCAAAUGUAGCAAAAGAGGAAAACUGUCCUGUAUCCGUACAGAGUCUGAUUCAGGUUCGGACAAGCUGUCAUUAAGACAAAGCGCUUCGAAGCAAACCUCCAAGAAUUCUAACCAACAAAGCGACUGUUCAUCGCAGGCAGAUCACAAAUGCCCUUGUUGUUUUAAAGCGGAAAAGAAAAGACUAAAACAGGCGAAAGGAAAAGAUAAAGAAUCUAGAUUCUACAAUGAGGUUACCUUUAAAGCUAAUUAUAAAUAUAAGAAUACUGCAAGGAAUAGAACUCAUUCUGUCAGAGAUCACGUAGAAAAUAACAGGGUGUCGUCACUACGUCGAGAGACGAAAACGGCGCAAACUUUGAGCUUAGUUGUCGGCGGUUUCGUCGCGUGCUGGUUACCGUUCUUCCUCUACUACUUAAUAACACCAUUCAUACCUUCAAGUUAUGUUAAUCCAGUAUUAAUGUACAUACUGACGUGGUUAGGUUGGUUUAAUUCAGCGAUUAAUCCAUUCAUCUAUGCUUUCUAUUCGCCGGAAUUUAGAUUGGCGUUUUGGCGACUAACUAUAAAGAAAUGUAAGCGAAGUAAACGGUAA